AUGUUCUCUUCUCCUCCGUUCUCUUUUCUCCUCCUCCUCCUGCCCGCGUUCCUCUCUUCUGUCCGUGCCGAUGUCACCGUCGAGGCCUCCAACAGUACCAACGAUAUCCCCAGUGCCCGCUUCCAUUUGCACAGCCACGUCAGCCUGCUGAACAAUCAAAAACUCGCUCCACUGACCGCAGCCUUGACGACCUUGUCAGACGCCCAACUCCAGUCCUUCAAUCUCACUGGCCCUACGGUCGUUGCCAAUCCCAUUAAUUCUUUCUCGCUGCCCAAUUCUUCCAUCGCCUGUAUCUCCUGUGACCAAUCAGAAUAUGUGUCGGGGUUUGUGACUGCCAGCGGCACCAUCAGCGACGUCAUCUCCGCAGGAAACGCUCUAGCCAUCCUCCUCUACAGUGAAUCGGCCGGGCAUUGCGACUACUCGUCCGAUGAGAACUUCGCCAACGUUUUUACUGUGCUGAAUCCCGAUGCUGCCAAGGCCCUGCUCAAUUCCACCGGCUCUUCUCUCAGCAUCCUCUCCGCCAUGUCGACGGCAUACAUUCCAACCGGGACCCCGGACCCGGUCCCCGGCCAGCAGAACAACGAUAGCCCCAACACGGCGAUGAUCAUCCUCUACAGCAUCACGGGGAUCAUCACCGCGCUCUUCCUGGGCAUCAUCAUUACGGGCGCAGUGCGGGCCCAUCGCCAUCCAGAACGAUAUGGACCCCGCCGAAUCGCCGGACGGGUGCGGCAAAGUCGAGCACGAGGGAUAGCCCGAGCCAUGCUCGAAACGAUCCCCAUUGUCAAGUUUGGCGACAAUGCAGACAGCGUCGAGGCUGCCAAACGUGACGUGGAGCUGACCAUGAACCCCGAGGAAACGCCCCGGGAGCAUUUUACGCCUCGGACCGACAGUAUCACCGCGGUGGAAAUGUCUGCACCAGGCGAAACCCAGCCGUCACCACCAGAACAAGCAUCCGACGACCCCCAGACGACGACCGCUCAUGAAUCCAAACCCGAUGCAGUCCCCGACACGGGCAACUUCUCCUGCCCGAUCUGUACAGACGACUUCAUCAAGGGCCAAGAUCUCCGCGUGCUGCCGUGCAACCACCAGUUCCAUAUGGAGUGCAUUGAUCCCUGGCUAGUGAAUGUGUCUGGCACCUGUCCUCUCUGCCGCAUUGAUCUCAACCCGCCCCCAGCCGAAGAGAAUGCCGAGCCAGGAGAGGGCGAGACCGGUGAGAACACCAACACAGAGGCCACCCCCGAUGGUACCGCAACUCCGACCGCCGAUACAACGCACCAUCACCCGCACCGACGACUCACGACGCUCCUGCACGGCCACAGCCCUCUGAACGCGCGGCACAUGCACGAGGCCACCGUCGAAGAGCGCCUCGCUGCGCUCCGACGGGUGCGCGAGGAAAACCAGGGCCAGGGCCAGGGUCAAGUUGAGGGAUCGCGCCGGAGUCGCAGCAGACUCACGACACGUCUGCGUGACCGGUUCCGCAUCCGCACCCGCGCUCAUGGCGUCGAGGGUUCUUCUGGUGUGCAAACACCCGCUGAACCCGCGGUGCCAGGCCCGACUCAACCGACGCCCGCUGCUGAGCCGGAGACAUGA